UUAGAACAGUCCUUGAUACAGCAGUGCUUUUUCUCUUCUUUUUCCUCUGCUCAACUCCUGCCAUGCUCAGGCAUCUCAAAUUUGACACGGGUGGGUUGGCUGUUGCAGCUGCUUGGCUGGCCUUUCAUCACCUGUUUUUCUAAGGAUUGAUGGGGUGUGGAGAGAGUUUUUGUUUGGCUGUGGCUCAACUUUUGUUGUCAAUGCAGAAUCAAGCCCUUUUCCCCUGCUUUGUUUCUGCUAUGCUCAGCUCGGUCACGACUGAGUUGGCUGUUGCAGCUUUGGGAUCCUUGGGCUGCAUUUCUGCUGGGUCUAUUGCAGGAUCUUUUUUCGGUUGGUUUGCUGGAGCUUUUCAUUCCUUAGUGGAUGUUCUUCUUUCCCAGCGCGGGUUAUUGGCUGCUCUUCUUGCCAACCAUGUGCUUGCUUUUGGGUCUGGAAGGAUGGCUGAGCUUUGUGUGGAUUGGUCAAGCUGCUUUCUCCCUGGAUCAUUGUCGACUCUGGCGCUCAUGAGAGGUGGUUGUAAUUUCCAGCUUUUGUGGAUUGCUAAGCUUUGGGGGAGAGCGGUGUCAGCACUUCAGGUCAUUCAGCAGUCUACUAGCUUGGAUCUCGGGCGGGAGGAUAACUCACCGAUAAUAUGGGAACCUAUUGAUUUUCUUAGAGAGCUUUCAGACAUUAAUUUGAAGUUAAUUAGUCCUCCUUUGGGUGACUUAUUGGAUCUUAAAACACUAGAUUUGCACAACACAUCACUUGCUGGAGAGAUACAUAACUUGGAAAGCCUUCAACAUCUCGAGAAACUGCAUGCAUGCAUCACUUGCUGGCAACAAUUUUCAACUGAAAACAAAGUCCUGAGUAGCUUAUGUUGUUCCCAGUAAUGAUAUGGAAGAAAAGGAGGUCUAACUUCCAUAAUUUUGGUUAAUAUGCUGCCCUAUUAGAUGGUAGACUAACCAAUCCUGCUAGUGAACCUGUUAUUAAGAGUGUUAGGACUAAAGAAGAAGGGAGAAACAAUGGGGAGGCUCUUCUUUCUCCUCUACAAAUUUUAGCUACUGUUUCCAGUGAAAAAGCCAGAGGUAGUAUCCAGCUUUCCUAUGCAAAAAUCUGUUGAUUCUUUAGCGUUCAUGAGAAGCAGUAAUGAUUGAUAUCUGCAACCUUUCCCUGCUUAUUGAAUCCCAGUUCUAAAGAGUUGAACCAACAACCUACAUUAUAGCAGUUGUUGCCUGAGGGUGCAAUCAUUCCAUGCUCAGAAUUUUUUUGAAAGAAACAAAACCAAAUAAAGAUUCAGCAGUACAAGAAUCGAUCUUACACUGUAAAAUAUCAGCAUUAAAUAC